AUGACCCUUACAGAAAACCAAGACCUCGCUGAAGAGAUUGAGGCAGUCAAUGCGAUCUACGACCCCGACACGGUGACCAUCACCACAUCCCCCGCACACGCGACCAACACCCUCGAUCUAGGAAGCUCCCACUCCACCCCACAUACCACAGUGAUCACGCUGCAGAUCCCUGAGCAGCAGAAUUUAUCAUUCAGAAUUGGCUUUGAGGCCUCAUACCCGGACACGCGGCCCGCAGUGCUAGGCACGGCAUCCACCGGUGCGCGCGGGGAAGGCAAGAUCGCAGUUGAUGUCUUGGAAGACAUCAUACAACGGACAUGGCAAGCUGGCGCGGUAUGCCUCUUCGACGUGAUCAGUGAAGCUGUCGAGGUGUUCCCAGAAUUGAACAUCGGGGGAACUCCAGACGAGGGACCGCCCGCAGAAAGCGAGCCCGUCGCAACAGCAACAGAGAGCUUUACAACCCUAUCUCUACGCGACGCGUUUGGCCUUGACUCACCACCGGACUGGAUCCUAUCUGAUGUGAUGACAGAGAAGAAGUCUGUGUUUGUGGGUCGGGUUGCACGAGUCGACAGCCUAGCGCAGGCGCAGGCGUUUUUGGAUCAUCUCACCGCUACGGAUCGGAAGGUUGCCGCUGCGACGCACAAUAUCAGCGCAUGGCGCAUUCGGCAGAAGAAGGAGGGCGCUAGCGAUGCAGGUGAGACCGUCGUGCAAGAUUAUGAUGAUGACGGGGAAACUGCUGCUGGGGGUCGACUACUCCACGUGAUGCAAUUGAUGGAUGUGUGGAAUGUCGUUGUCGUCGUGACGAGGUGGUUUGGAGGCAUCCAUCUGGGGCCAGCUCGGUUCCGACUCAUCAACGAUGCAGGCCGCGAUGCUCUAGUCAAGGGUGGAUUCACUAAGAAGGAGGAGACAUCGACCGCAGAGAAAAAGAAGAAAGGAAAGAAAUGA